CCCUACGCUCCCAGCCUGUUGCUUAUUCAUUCAGAGUGGGAAAGCGCCAGCCCAGCGGCCAGCCAGUGCCGGGCUGGCCAUGUAAGGCCCCCAGGCGGUCCUGCCUGCCCGGUGCCCUGCAGAGAGCCUCGUGCAGCCCUGGGCACCGCCCCUGCCCUGCCCUGACCCCUUGGCCUCGAAAUGCUGUCAUCGGAGGAGCCGUCCCGCUCGGGACAAGGCCAGGAUGGACAAAGCUAGAGCUGGGGCAGGCAAGGAGCCGUCCUGUCCUCGAGGCCGUGGGAAGAGAAGCACGCACAGGGGGCCACUCCUGAGAGCCUCUCAGUCCACCAGGCCUCUGCAGAAGGGCCACCAUGGCUCUGGCCCCAGCCGGUUGGCAGUUGGGGGCCCUGGUGUGGGGCGCCUGCGUCUGCGUCCUGGUGCACGGGCAGCAGGCGCAGCCAGGGCAGGGCUCGGACCAGGGACGCUGGCGGCAGCUGAUCCAGUGGGAGAACAACGGGCAGGUGUACAGCCUGCUCAACUCGGGCUCAGAGUACUUGCCUGCGGGGACUCAGCGCUCCGAGAGUAACUCCCGGGUGCUGCUGGCGGGCGCCCCCCAGGCCCCGCAUCGGCGCAGCCACGGGGGCCUCCGGCGUCGGCAGGCCCCGUCGCUGCCCCUGCCCGGGCGCAUCGGCUCGGACACCGUGCGCGGCCAAGCGCGGCACCCAUUCGGCUUCGGCCAGGUGCCCGACAACUGGCGCGAGGUGGCCGUCGGGGACAGCACGGCCAUGGCCCGGGCCCGCACCUCCGUCUCCCAGCAACGGCACGGGGGCUCCGCCUCCUCGGCCUCGGCCUCGGCCUCGGCCUUCGCCACCACCUACCGCCAGCCGUCCUCCUUUCCGCAGCAGUUCCCCUAUCCGCAGGCGCCCUUCGUCAGCCAGUACGAGACAUACGACCCCGCGUCGCGGACCUACGACCAGGGCUACGUGUACUACCGCGGCGUGGGCGGCGGUCUGGGCGCAGGGACAGCGGCCGUGGCCGCGGCGGGGGUCAUCUACCCCUUCCAGCCCCGGGCGCGCUACGAGGAGUACGGCGGCGGCGAGGAGCAGCCCGAGUACCCGCCGCAGGGCUUCUAUCCGGCCCCGGAGAGGCCGUACGCGCCGCAGCCGCCGCAGCCGCAGCCAGCCGACGGCCUGGACCGCCGCUACUCGCACAGCCUGUACAACGAGGGCACCGCGGGCCUCGAGCAGGCCUACCCCGACCCGGCCCCCGACGCUGCGCAGUCCAACGGUGGCGCCUACGGCAGCGACCCCCGCCUCGGCUGGUACCCGCCCUACGGCAACAUGCCACCCGAGGCCUAUAGCCCGCCGCGGGCCGUGGAGCCGCAGCCCCCCUUCCGCGUGGUGGAGCCUCCCUACCUGCCGGUGCGCAGCUCCGACGCGCCCCCGCCGGGUUCGGAGCGCAAUGGCGCGCAGCAGGGCCGCCUGAGUGUGGGUAGCGUGUACCGGCCCAGCCAAAACGGUAGAGGUCUCCCUGACUUGGUCCCGGACCCCAACUACGUGCAAGCGUCCACUUAUGUCCAGAGAGCCCAUCUGUACUCCCUGCGCUGUGCUGCAGAGGAGAAGUGUCUGGCCAGCACAGCCUACGCCCCUGAGGCCACCGACUAUGACGUGCGGGUGCUCCUGCGUUUCCCCCAGCGCGUGAAGAACCAGGGCACCGCAGACUUCCUUCCGAACCGGCCGCGGCACACCUGGGAGUGGCACAGCUGCCACCAGCACUACCACAGCAUGGACGAGUUCAGCCACUACGACCUGCUGGACGCAGUCACAGGCAAGAAGGUAGCCGAGGGCCACAAGGCCAGCUUCUGCCUGGAGGACAGCACCUGCGACUUCGGCAACCUCAAGCGCUACGCGUGCACCUCUCACACACAGGGCCUGAGCCCAGGCUGCUAUGACACGUACAAUGCGGACAUCGACUGCCAGUGGAUUGACAUAACCGAUGUGCAGCCCGGGAACUACAUCCUCAAGGUGCACGUGAACCCAAAGUACAUUGUUUUGGAGUCUGACUUCACCAACAAUGUGGUGAGAUGCAACAUCCACUAUACAGGUCGCUAUGUUUCUACAACAAACUGCAAAAUUGUCCAAUCCUGAUCUAGGAGAGGGUGUGCAGAUGACCAACCUCCCCACCUCCCAAAGCAGGCCCUGCUCCCCAGGCAGCCUCCCGCCAGGACAAGCCCGGCUCAAGGGGCCCAGCCACCACCCACAGGCAGGGGCAGCUGGACGCUGGGAGCAUCCUUCCCUGCCCGCCUCAGGGAGCGAACGUGGACCAAAACCACAGGGAUUCCGGAUGCCAGGCCCAACUGUGUACUUAACUUUCCCCUACAACGUGAUUUUGUUGGUUGUUGGUUUUUAUUUUUUAUAUUUUGGCCAUACCACAGAGCAAGAUUGCCCAGGCCUGGGCUGAAUAAAACAAGGUUUUUCUA